UGUAAACACAACACACCGACUGCUGCGCUUAUUAAAUUUACAGUCGGCAUAAGUGCAACUACAAGUGCAACAAAAUGCACGCUUCUAAGCAUCUUUCAUCCAUCUUAAAACUUGACAAACGUUUUCACUGCAUCAAUUAAUAAGUACAACUUAAAAAGAAAUUUGUACCUUCAAUCAUGGGUCUCAACUACACAAAUGAUCAUUUCUACACCCAUACUUUUACUCCUCCUGAGUAUCAAGUUGAGUUGAUCACAAGAAUCAAAGAUACCAACACCAUCAUCUGCUCCAGUACUACAGUAUCCAAGUCUUUCAUCGCAAUCAAACUCAUUCAAGAACUUGCCUGGCAAAUGCGACAACCAGAUGGCAAGCGAGCAUUUUAUAUCUUAGAUGCUCAGUAUACAAAUGUCCUUUCUAGUCAAAUUAAUUUACUAACUGAUUUACCAGUGAAGAUAAUUACACCAACUAUCACACUUGAAGAAUGGAGGGUUUUAAAGGAACAAUUUGUGAUAUUUUUGAUGACAGCUGAAACCCUAGAGGCUUUAUUAAUCCUGCUCAACUUUAAUGUUGCAUUCCUAAAUGUGAUAGUCAUUGAUGACUGUUUCUAUGGUGAGAGGCAGAAACAUUUGAACAAUAUUAUGAGCAUGUUUGAGACACCUCAAUCACCAAAACCUAGAAUUAUUGGUCUUGUGUCUGGUUUUCUAAGUGAAGAGUUAAAACCGUCGCAUUUGGAAGCAGAAAUUCAUCGAUUAGAAAAACUGCUGCUAGCAAAAGUAGACACUUCAAGUGAAUUAUGCACACUUGUAAAGUUGAGCUGUGAGCCAAGAGAAUGUGUUGUUGAGUUUACAAAUACAACUAACCCUCAAGCAGAAGAAUUACUAAAAUUGAUCAAUGAAGAAGUAAAACUUUUGGAAGAUUUUUUAUGUGAUCAUAACUAUGAUCUCUGCAUGCUGUAUGGCGAGGAGUGUGGAGAAUUGGCUGAGGAAUUGAAAAACAUUCCGGAUCCGAAGAUAUUACCUCUACAAAUGAUGAAACAAUUUAAAAACGUUUUGGAGGAAUAUGGUAUUAUGUGUGCGCAUUAUGCAGCGUUGCAUCUUUUGUAUCAAAUUGAAAAAUUACGCGUAAAUGUUGCCUAUGAACGGCACUAUUUACUAUUAUUAAGUGUUCAAACAUUAAUGAUUAAAGUACGCGCUCAUAUUGAGUAUGAAAUUGAGGAUAUAGAAGAAAUAGAAGCUUUGCGCAUGUUUUCCACCGGAAAAGUGAAGCGAUUGAUUGAAAUUUUAAAAGUUUUGGGGCCUGAUCAGCCUAAACCAAAGGUAGAAGAAGUGGAUAAAAGGCCAGAGGUAGUGAAAAAUAUUGUGAUUAAAGGACGGCGAUUUCCGAAAGGCAACCGGAGGUAUUUUAAUCGACCACAGCAGGAUGACAGUAUUUGUGCCUUAAUUUUUGUCAAGGAUAGUCUUACCGCCAAAGUUGUUCAUUCUCUACUAGCUACUGUUUCAAAUGGUGAUGAGAAGAUGUGGUGGUUUGGAGUGCAAUUUAUAGUCGAUAAAACAGCGAAUCCCGCGACGGAGAUCCGCGAAGCUGAGCUGGAACAUCGAAAACAAGAAGAUGUCCUGCGGAAGUUCCGCGCACACGAGUGCAAUAUCCUCAUCGCCACACCAAUCUUAGAACAGGGCUACGACCUUCCAAAGUGUAAUCUUGUCGUGAAACUAAACACGCCAACAUCUUUUCAUUCCUACGUCUUCACUAAAGCUCGCGCUCGGACUUCCACUUCACAUUAUGUGACUUUAGUACACGCUGAGGAAGCGGCGCAUGCGCUGCGUCAAUUCGCCGAAUUUAAAGAAGUACAAAAACUUUUACUCUCGCGUUGCGGACAAGUCGAAUCGAACACAACUAAUGUAAUCUAUUCAGACCUGCAUUGUAAUAGGUACAAACCGUAUGUUACUCCUAAGGACGAAGUUCUUGGAGUGAACGCCGCCAUACAACUGCUCAAUCGCUAUUGUGCAAAACUGCCAAGCGACGCGUUUACAAAACUAGUUCCUGCGUAUCACUUAAAGUGCAUUAAUGGCAAUUAUCGGUGUUAUUUACGUCUGCCGAUUAAUUCCCCGGUUAAAUUAACAGUGGAGGGACCUUUAGCGCCGUCGGAAAUCGUCGCGAAGAAGUUAACUGCGUUUCAUAUGUGCCAAUUGUUACACAAGUCAAAUGAAUUAGAUGAUCAUUUGAAUCCUAUUACUAAAGAAAGUUUUCGCGCGUCCGAAGAAGACUGGAAUGAUUUUGCACUGGAGAAAGAGGACGAAGAAUUAAGUAUGGAGAAUAUCGAGCAGAGACCAGGGACAACAAAACGUAGGCAAUAUUAUUUUAAAAAUGUAGCGUCAGCUCUGCGCGUUUGUCUGCCAACUACAGAACAUCCGACAUUUUUCUAUCACAUUGUUAUGACUUUGACUUGUCCUAUACCGGAAGAGCAAAACACGCGGGGAAGACGGAUAUAUCCACCGGAGGAAUCUCCGCAGGGGUUUGGUUUGUUGACAUCCAAGGAAAUUCCCCCGCUUUGCCCGUUUCCUAUUUUUACACGAUCAGGGGAAGUAAAUGUGGGGUUGAAGUUGUGCGAUGAAGGUCUUACACUUACCGAUGAGCAGAUUGGGCGUAUCAGAGAGUUUCAGAAUUAUACUUUUACAAGUGUACUUCGAUUGCAGAAAUAUCAAAUGCAUUUUGAUCCAGAGCGCUCGUUGAGUAACUAUUUCGUAGUGCCUACCAUCACAGAUUCUGAAGUUACCAAGAUUGAUUGGGACUUUCUCAAUGUGAUUUACGACAAACGAUAUGAUUUACCAACGCAUAUUCCGGAUAGUGACCGCACUGGUUACGUUUUCGAUGCGCAGCAAUACAAAGAUGCAGUUGUAAUGCCCUGGUACAGGAAUCAAGAUCAGCCGCAAUAUUUCUAUGUCGCCGAGAUUUGCAAACAUCUUAGUCCGGCGUCAGAGUUCCCAGGACUGGAAUACAACACAUUUCAAGAUUACUACUUUAAAAAAUACGAGAUUAACAUUCAGAACAGCGAACAACAACUUUUGGAUGUUGAUCAUACGUCCGCCAGAUUAAAUUUUCUAACGCCAAGAUAUGUAAAUCGUAAAGGAGUUGCGUUACCGACAAGCAGCGAGGAGACAAAGCGUGCGAAACGUGAAAAUUUGGAACAAAAACAGAUUCUGGUACCGGAAUUGUGCGCUAUUCACCCAUUUUCCGCUUCAUUAUGGAGAAAAGCAGUUUGUUUGCCUUGUAUCUUGUAUAGGAUAAACGCACUGCUGAUUUCUGAUCAAAUUCGUUGCAUUGUUGCAAGGGAAAUUAAACUGGGACAAGAAACUCUGGAUAGAAAUUUCACUUGGGAUGCUCUUAAUUUUGGUUGGAGUCUCUCCGACGUCUUGGGUAAAAACAAAUCCAACACUAAAUCCACAUCAAAUAAAGCCCGCGAUGAAGUUACCGAAAUAAUUGAUGAUAUAAUUGAAAAAGCUGUUACGAAAUGCGCAACCACAACUUCAGACAACUCUCCGCUAGACACCGAGGACGAAAACAAAGAAAACGAUCCAGACUGGAUGGAAAUUGGUACAUGGUCUAACGAUAUGGUUGACCCCGCUGCAACCAAUUCUGAUUUAGUAAGGUACGGAUCUCCGACGUGGAACGACAAUUACGAAUACAACGAUUAUUCAGACAUCGACAGUUUCUCAUCAACCGAUGAUGAGACCGGUGAUUCGCAAUAUGGCGGACUACACAUCAAAUUCCAGGACGAUUACCAAGCAGAAGCGGUUGAAGAUGUUGUUAAAGAAGAGGAACCCCAAAUUGAAACCGUUCAAGCCUGGACAAACUUGACGUAUGAAUUACCGCAAACCUACAAGUUACGUUUUGAAAACGCCGUAGAAAAACGAUACGAACGUCUGUUGCACUAUAAUUACAUCAAAAGCGAUGUAGAAUUCAAAAAGGGUGGUGUACAAAUUGAUGCACUUUGUAAACCCGUCUCGGCACCGUUUUUAACCGAAGAAUACCCAUAUAAACCGAUGAAAAUUCGAUUUCCUGCUGUAAAUUCAACCAGAAACAAUCAAAAUAAUGGCAACGAAUUACAAAACGAUGAGUUCAAGUUUAGUUUUGAUUCACAACCGAAUUUAGAGAAUCAUCCCGGCCCAAGUCCAAGUUUUAUUCUACAAGCGUUAACAAUGUCCAAUGCCAACGACGGAAUCAACUUGGAACGGCUGGAAACAAUCGGUGAUUCAUUCCUGAAGUACGCAAUAACUGAUUAUCUUUACACAAGGUACGAAAACACCCACGAAGGUAAACUGAGUCAUUUACGAUCGAAACAAGUAAGUAAUCUCAAUCUCUAUCGACUUGGGAAGCGAAAACAACUCGGUAUGAUGAUGAUAGCGUCGAAAUUUGAUCCGCAUGACAAUUGGCUACCGCCAUGUUAUUGCGUUUCCAAAGAAUUGGAAGAGGUCUUGAUUCAAUCACGCAUACCAGGCAGUUAUUUAACGCUGGCUGACUAUGUUGAAACGAGACAUAUGACUCUAGAGGAGUUGUGCACAAAGUUUCGGAAUCAGGCCGAUGACACCGAAGAUCCAAUUGUAUGUGGUGCAAUACCUUAUAAUUUAGUUACGCAACACAGUAUACCCGAUAAAAGUAUUGCAGAUUGUGUUGAAGCUUUAAUUGGUGCUUAUUUGAUUGAAUGUGGACCACGCGGCGCGUUAUUAUUUAUGGCAUGGCUGGGGAUAAGAGUUUUACCUAAAUUAGAAAAUGGCGACUAUGGAGAAUUGUGUAUUCCCGAUUCUCCGCUGUUGAGGCACGUACCAGACCCGGAAGGAACCCUAAAUAUUCUUUUAGAUGGUUAUGAUAAGUUUGAGAAUAUUUUAGGGUAUCAGUUUUAUGAUCGGGCCUAUCUGUUGCAAUCAUUGACGCAUGCAUCGUACUCGCCCAACACAAUAACAGAUUGUUAUCAGCGGCUAGAGUUUCUAGGUGAUGCAGUUUUAGAUUAUCUCAUUACCAGGCAUCUCUAUGAAGAUCCGAGAAUGCAUUCUCCUGGAGCACUUACUGAUCUUCGUUCUGCGUUGGUAAACAAUACAAUUUUUGCAUCGUUGGCUGUAAAAUUCGAUUUUCAUAAGUAUUUUCGUUAUUUAUCACCUGGUUUACAUCAGGUUAUCGAGAAAUUUAUCCGAAUGCAAGAAGAGGCCGGUCAUAAAGUAUCCGAUGAUUUGUAUUUGCUUGACGUGGAGGAUUCCGAAGAGGUUGAGGACGUAGAAGUACCGAAAGUUUUGGGAGAUGUUUUCGAAUCGGUAGCGGGUGCUAUCUUUUUGGAUUCAGGAAGGUCUUUGGAUGCGGUGUGGAGGGUUUAUCAUAGAAUGAUGCGUAAUGAGAUUGAACAAUUCAGCAAUAAAGUGCCAAAGUCACCAAUCCGAGAACUACUCGAAUUGGAACCAGAAACUGCUAAAUUCGGAAGAGCCGAGAAACUAGCUGAUGGUAGGAGAGUGCGGGUCUCUGUUGAAGUUUUCGGCAAGGGAACUUUCAAAGGGAUUGGAAGGAACUAUCGUAUUGCUAAAUGCACUGCCGCAAAAUGUGCCCUGAAGCACUUGAAGAAAUUAACUAAAUAAUUUCUUAACAGUGGAGAGUGAACAUCAUCUGGGACCCAUCGAGAAUAAAAGAGAGAAUGUCAAAUACAUUAGCAUCUCAUAGUAAAUUAUGUUUAAAUGUAUAUUUGAUUAUUAAUUACAUUCAGAAACGAAUAAAAUUGUUUGUUUUCAGGUCUAGAAUAAAAUUAUACAUUAAAA